UCGCUCUAGUGUAUACCGAAGGCCUGGUGCCCUUGAACUACUAAUAUUCAUUCCCUUAAUAAUUCCCCAGGCCCCAUCCAUGGAGUAUAUCGUCCUCGUCCUCCUCGUCUCUCUAAUAAUAAGUUCUGCUGACGGUACAAAAUCCAAAUUCACCACCACCAUCUCUUCCUCCGCGACACCUAUCCUCACGCCCAGACGCCUCUUACUCGCCCACAUCCCACCCUCGUCACUAGGCCGCUUCCUUGCCCACCCUCUCUGGGUCGGUGCCUCCGUCUCCUUCGCCGUCGGCUUUGCGCUCGGAAUCGUCGCCUUCGUCCUCCGGCUGCUGUCCGUCUCCUGCUGCACCAGAAUCAGGAGCGCGAUCUGCCGCCCUGAGGAGCCGGGCAACAACACGGCCACGAUCUUCACCCCGAUGCUCCUCGACCCCGAGAACAUCUCCCUCAUCGACCUCCUUUCGCGCAGCCACCUCCCGUGCCCUCUCGAGGUGAUCGGCCGCGGCGGCUGCGGCGAGGUCUACAAGGCCGUGCUCCUCUAUCGCGACCGCGCCGUUCCCGUCGCCAUCAAGAAGAUCGUCCAGCCGCCCGCCAACGCCGCGCAGCUGUGCCGGGAUGACAGCAAAAUGCUCCACCACCGCACGCGCCAGAUUCGGUCGGAGAUCAUGACGGUCGGCCGCAUGCGCCACCCUAACCUCCUCCGCCUUCUGGCCCACCUCCCGCAGCCGCGCUGCCACUACCUCGUCUACGAGUACAUGCCGCACGGCUCGUUGCACGACGUGAUGAAACGCGGCUCUCCGCUGCUGGACUGGCCCUGCCGGCUCAAGAUCGCCCUCGGCGUCGCCGCGGGGCUCGAGUACCUGCACACCGUGCACCGUCCGAAGGUGAUCCACCGCGACCUGAAGCCAGGGAAUAUUCUCCUCGACGGAGAUCUCAAACCCCGGAUCGCCGACUUCGGGCUCGCGAAGCUCGUCCCCGGCGACGCGAUCAGCGGGCCGAUGAAUUCAAACAACGUGGCCGGGACUCUGGGGUACAUCGCGCCGGAGUACUACCAGACGCUGUCGUACACAGAAAAGAGCGAUGUCUACUCGUUCGGGGUCAUCCUGGCGGCCCUGGUCACCGGGAGGUUCCCGUCGGACGAGUUCUUUCAGCAGACUGACGAGAUGUGGGUCAUCGGAUGGGUCCGGGCUGCGCUGCAGUCGGAGAAUCCGACGGCUGCGAUCGACCGGAAGCUGGUGGGGAAGGGGUUUGAGGAGCAGAUGCUGUUGGUUCUGAAGAUUGCUUGCUUCUGCACGUACGAUGAUCCGAAUGAGAGGCCCAGCAGCAGAGACGCCCGGCACAUGUUGGCGCAGAUUAAGCAUUAGCUUCCUCCCUCACUAGUAUUACAAGUUAGUAGUUUCUAAAGUAAAAACGUCCAGAAAUAAUCCCAACUGUUAACCAUACGUUUUGCAUUACUUAUUCAAUCUUUUAAAAAUUUUA